AGUCACAGAGAGCUAGCUGCUGCCCAGGCUGAGAGCGUUCUCCUAACAUGGCUGCAAAAAGGGAACUUUUGAUGUUGGAGAACUUUAUAGGUGGAAAAUUUUUACCCUGUAACUCAUAUAUAGAUUCUUAUGAUCCUUCAACGGGGGAAGUGUAUUGCAAAGUACCAAACAGUGGGAAAGAAGAGAUCGAAGCUGCCGUGGAGGCUGCCAGAGAGGCCUUCCCUGCCUGGUCAUUGCGGUGUCCCCAGGAACGUUCUCUCAUCCUGAACAGGCUGGCUGAUGUACUGGAGCAGUCCCUGGAAGAGUUAGCCCAGGCAGAAUCUAAAGACCAAGGGAAAACCCUCACGCUGGCAAGGACCAUGGACAUUCCUCGAUCUGUACUGAAUUUCCGGUUCUUUGCUUCCUCCAUCCUGCAUCACGUAUCGGAGUGCACACAGAUGAGCCACCUGGGCUGCAUGCACUACACCGUUCGCACUCCGGUGGGAAUUGCUGGUUUGAUCAGUCCUUGGAAUUUACCACUCUACCUGCUGACCUGGAAGAUAGCUCCAGCCAUCGCCGCUGGGAAUACUGUGAUAGCCAAGCCCAGUGAGCUGACUUCUGUGACUGCCUGGAUGUUUUGUAAACUCUUGGAUAAAGCAGGUGUCCCACCAGGUGUGAUCAAUAUUGUGUUUGGAACAGGGCCGAGGGCUGGUGAGGCCCUUGUGUCCCACCCAGAGGUACCCUUGAUCUCCUUCACUGGGAGCCAGCCCACAGCAGAACGGAUUACCCAACUAAGUGCCCCCCACUGCAAGAAGCUCUCCCUGGAGCUGGGAGGCAAGAAUCCUGCUAUCAUCUUUGAUGAUGCCAACCUGGAGGAGUGUAUCCCAGCAACUGUUAGGUCCAGCUUUGCUAACCAGGGGGAGAUCUGCCUUUGCACCAGCAGGAUCUUUGUCCAGAGGAGCAUCUAUAGUGGAUUUCUACAGAGGUUUGUGGAAGCCACCAGAAAGUGGAAAGUUGGUAUUCCUUCUGACCCAUCAGCCAACAUGGGUGCUUUGAUAAGUAAAGCACAUUUGGAGAAAGUCAGAAGUUAUAUAAUGAAAGCUCAUGCCGAGGGUGCCCAGAUUCUAUGUGGUGAGGGUGUGGACCAGCUGAGCCUUCCACUCAGGAACCAGGCAGGCUACUUCAUGCUUCCCACGGUGAUCACAGACAUUAAGGAUGAGUCCUGCUGCAUGACGGAGGAGAUCUUCGGUCCGGUGACAUGCGUUGUUCCUUUUGAUAGCGAAGAGGAAGUGAUUACAAGAGCUAACAGCGUUAAGUACGGGCUGGCAGCCACAGUGUGGUCAAAGGAUGUGGGCCGCAUCCACAGAGUAGCUAAGAAGCUUCAGUCUGGGCUUGUCUGGACCAACUGCUGGCUCAUCAGGGAGCUGAACCUGCCCUUUGGAGGGAUGAAGAGCUCUGGAAUAGGAAGAGAAGGAGCCAAGGACUCAUAUGAUUUCUUUACUGAAAUAAAAACCAUCACCAUUAAACACUGACCUUCCCCAUGGGGCAGCUGCUGUGGCUGAUGCCUGACGGCUGAGAAUCAGUAGUCAGUGCAGUCAACAGAAAUCCUAGUGUGUGUUCAGGAGACUGGCUCUCGCUAACCAUGGCUAGUUGGUAUUUUUACUGUCUUGUAAAGAAAAAAAAAGGCAGUUCUUAUGAAUUUUUGAAAAUCUGCCAAAGUCAGGUAUUUUUAUUUGCAAAUAUACACCAAAACCAAGACCAAAACCAAGGCCUAUAGACCUGGGAGAUGGCUCAGUGGGUAACAUGCUUGUUGUACAAGUAUGAGAGCCUGAGUUCAGACCCCAGAAUCAGUGCAAAAGACAGACCUGGUGGUAUGUAACACAACACACAAACACACAUACAAAACACACACACACAAACACA